CCUAUUGACACCCUCUAAUAUUUCUGCAAAAGGUAUAACAGAUUCACUCCGCCCUGGUCAUCUUCCACAUUAUGUGGUAACGCACUGUACUCUUAGCCCGGAUAUGCAUUGUCGGCAUUGCCAACUCUCUCUCAGAAUGCCUGCCUAGGCUAAGAUUGGUGGCGGAAAAUAACCACAUGAAGAGCAGUGGAUCGAAUAUAUCGCAGAAGAAAGACGUGGAUGAUUUUUUUCCUCGUUGCAUUCCAUCUGUGGAAGGGAGCGGCUUUCGCGGCUGCCUGCUGGGAAUCAUGGUCAAGAACAUGCAGGAGGGCCGCGUCGGGCCGUGGCCGGUGUCUGCCUGCUUGUCGUCCGUCGUCUGGUGCUUGUGCUACCGUCACAAUGUUGAGUGCCGACGUCACGGUGGGUAUGGAGCAAAGGUUGAGCGGUGAUUUCUGAGACGUGCGACAUGUGGGUCGACGAGGACGGAAACCAAGGAUGCGUUGUGCAUACGUACCUUGAAAGCGCUCGUCGCAACGACAACGUACCUUGAGUAGGUCUCGUAAACAAUCGAAG